AUGUCUGCCCAAAACUCAGGUCGUCAAUCACCUCCUGAGGAGCGUCUAUCGGGUAUUCAGCAACGUGAUGUCCCAGGAAGUGGGAAGAUCGGAUCGUCGUCAAGUUCACGUCCAGCACCGGAUUUUUCAAAGAAAGAGUCGGAACGAGCCAAGUCCGAGGUUCUGACGAGUAACCCCGAGCACCCACUGGAGAAGAUUGAGGCGGCGAAGUUUACAAAGGGAUCCUAA